UCUGACGCCCUUAAAUAUCUGUUACGCGUCUGCUCGCCGUUUCUACGGUUUCCAUCGAGCAAGUGCACAUACAUCAUGGGAGUUGACGAGGGCACCGCUGCCUGGUCGAGACCCUUGCCUUGGGACACCUCGGAUACGUGCUCGAAGUUGUACAAGCUCGGAGAACGGGGUUCAGGAUACAAGACCGAGACUGGGCAAAUUCAAGACUUCCACGAACUCCAUAGGGAGUGUCUGAAGAGCGGCAAACUUUUUGAAGACCCCGAAUUUCCUUGCAACGGGUGGUCAGCCUGGGGCUCUACAGGACAAAGAAACGUUCAAUGGCUACGUCCUAACGAUAUUUGUGAGAAGCCAGAGUUCUUCGUGCACGGCGCGUCUCGCUUCGAUGUUCUACAAGGCGAGCUUGGUAACUGUUGGAUGGUGGCUUCCAUAGCCUGCCUGACCCUCAGGAAAGAACUCUUCAACCGUGUCGUCCCUGAACAGUCAUUCCAAGAGAACUACGCUGGCAUAUUCCAUUUCCGUUUAUGGAAGGACAACCGAUGGCUUGACGUUGUCGUGGACGACAGACUGCCCUGCAGAACGGACGGCAAACUCUGCUUCAUUCGAUCAAGACAUGAGAACGAGUUUUGGAGUGCGCUUCUGGAGAAAGCCUACGCAAAACUUAACGGCAGCUACGGGGCCCUUACCAGCGGUAUUCCGUCGGAGGGCAUGGAAGACCUGACCGGAGGCCUUUCAGAACGUAUCGUUUUGGCUGAUCCUCCCAAAGACCUCUUCUCACUCAUGCUAAAGGCGCACGAGCGAAGAUCCCUCAUGAGUGCUUCCAUCAAGAACUCGAAAGUGCCGGAAGAAAGGCUGGACACCAAUCUUAUUUCCGGCCAUUCAUACAGCAUUACGUCUGUUCGCGUCAUCAAAAUUGGCAUUGAACUUGUACGGUUGCGGAAUCCCUGGGGAUACGACUACAAGUGGAACGGACGUUGGAGUGACCAAUCUCCGGAGUGGCAAAGCGUUCCUACAUCGGAAAAGGAAUCUAUGGGAUUGAGAUUUGAAGCAGAUGGAGAAUUCUGGAUGUGCAAGGAGGAUUUUAUGGAACAUUUCCACUUCUUGGACAUCUGUUACGUGGCUCCCGAUACUCUAACAAACGAGGACCUAACUGACACCUCUGGGAAAGGAUGGGACGUGUCCGCUUUCGAAGGAGCUUGGAUACCGGGUGCUACCGCCGGGGGAUGCCCAAACUACAUCAAAUCCAUGGACUUGUUCUGCACGAACCCCCAGUACCUGAUGGCUCUGAAACAUCCGGAUGCUGGUCAUGAAGAAUGCAGUGUCCUCAUCUCCCUGAUGCAGAGGAAUCGCCGCUAUCAAGCCCAAGACGUGAACAACAUUUACACAAAAGUGGGCUUCGUAAUCUAUAAGAUGGACGAUCCGGAUGACUGUUCAGUGCCAUUGGACAUGUCUUUCUUUCGAAAGAACCGUUACAUCACUCACUCGCAAUUUAUCAACUAUCGGCAAGUAACUAAACGCGUCAGUAUUCAGCCUGGAACCUACUGCAUUGUUCCUUCCACUUACGAAUACGACGAUCAUGCCGAAUUUCUCCUGCGAAUUUUCACCGAGAAAUACACCACUGUCAGUGAGUACGACCAAAAGUUCGCAUUCGUGGAGUCAGAAGUUUUGCUACGUCAAGAGGUGGAAACGUAUGUUGAUGGCUGCAGCUUCGAAAGCUAUCGACGACUACAUGAGCUCUUAGCUGAUGUUGCUGGUGAAAAUUCGCAAGUAGACGCAUACGAGUUACAACAGCUGUUCACCGCGGUGUUCAAAACGGAGGCAUCUGUUCCAGAAGGCAGCUGCGAUGAGUUUCCCCUGGAACUGUGUCGAAGCAUGGUGGCUCUUUCAGAUCACAAUCGUUCUGGCAGUCUCGACCUGAAGGAGUUUACAUCUUUCUGGAAACUAAUAAGGACCUGGACGCAAGCAUUCAACAAAUACGACAAAGACUCCUCUGGAAGCCUUGGCACGUACGAGCUACGCGAAGCCCUCUUGUCAGCAGGUUACACGAUCAGCAAUCCUAUACUGCAAUCUCUCGUCCUGAGAUAUGGAACCAAGAAGCACCAGAUGACGCUCAAUGAUUUUCUAGCAUGCGUCAUAAAACUUCGAGCCAUGAUUGUUUGCGUUUCAGAGAUUUUCAAGACCAAGGAUCGUUGCAACAUCGGGAAGGCUGUGUUCACCACUGAUGAGUGGCUGGCGUUCACGAUGUACUGCUGAGGCUGGCCAUCAAGAUGGUGGCGACCACCUCUCCAUACACAAUGCCAUUUUAGACAAUAAAGUACAUAUUUUAGCCCAGAAAAAAA